GGACGAUGGAUAUAGAAAGAAAAGAAAUGAUGAGUCGAGAAAUGGAACAGUAGUAGCGAAAAGAGGAGGCAGUGCGGUUGGGCGCACUAGCAGUAGCACACACAUGCGGGUCCCAUCAGUAUCACUGCCUUCCCCGCUUCAUCCUCUGCUUUUCUUGUUCCCCUAGCCCACACUAUACUAUGCUAGAUUCCACACAUUUCCCUCUCACUAGCUACUCUGCUUUCCUCUGCUCCUCUUCACCGCACUUAUUAUUCGCACGUUCUCUUUAAUUUCCCCUUUUAUUCUUCCAUGGAACCCAACCUCGCCUUCCUCGGCGGCGGAGGGGAUGCAGAGCUCGAGUUGGGCCUGGGCUUGAGCAUUAGGACUGGGCCCAAGCCUGCUCCGUCUCCUUCUGGCAAGGGAGGAGGAGCAGAAGAAGAGUGUGGAAGAAUCUUCACUGCGAAAGACUUUCUUAACGGGUUUCAUACUGCUAGGCCGAAUGCUGCUGCUUUUUCUGGGGCUAAAAGAGCGGCGGAAUCUGUGGUUGGACCGCCUUCCACGGCUGUGAACAGGGGUACCAGUCAGGUGGUGGGAUGGCCACCCAUUAGGUCCUAUAGGAUGAAUAGCUUGGUCAACCAAGGGAAAGCUCCCAAUGCUGAAGAUGAUAUUGUGGGAGUUGCUGGGAAUGAGAAGAAGAAGGAAAACUCAAUAAAUAAAAUGAGCAAGGGAAACAACGAUGAUGAUGGUUGUGCUGUCAAAGAAAAGGGAAAUAUUGGAUUUGUGAAGGUGAAUAUGGAUGGAUUGCCAAUUGGGAGAAAAGUGGAUGUGAGUGCUCACACCUGCUAUGAAUCUUUGGCUGAAAUGUUGGAGCAGAUGUUCUUCAAGUCCGGAAGUAAUGAUGCUAUGAAUGCUUUCCGCGGGGGGAAGGAGCAAAGAGCGAGGCCAUCUAAGCUUUUAGACGGGUCUUCUGAGUUUGCGUUAACAUAUGAGGAUAAAGAAGGAGACUGGAUGCUCGUGGGCGAUGUCCCCUGGGGGAUGUUUCUUAGCACAGUGAAAAGGUUAAGAAUCUUGAAGACCUCUGAGGCUAAAGGACUUGCUCCAGGGAUCCAGGAAAGGCAUGAAAGACGCACCACAAAACCAAUCUGAGCUUUAUUCUUCCACAAGUCUCAUUGUGGUUGCCUUGUUUCCGUUUUCUCUCUUUUCUUUUAAAUAUUUGCACCUACGUUCCCAUUCUUGUAUCCGUAUAAGCGCAGUUCUUGCUAUUUACCCUUAUUUUCAUUCUCCUUUUCAAUGUGUGUCCAUGGGUACAAAGUAAAAAUAAUUAAUGUGCUUAAUUAUCAGAUUCAACAAAAGAUUCGACAAUUUCAAGAAGGAAAG